AUGGACAGAAAGUCUGCUAGAAUAAAAGCAGAGUUGCAAAGAUAUGGUUGGAGAGUUUCGAAGAAGUUUAAAUAUAAGAAAGGAAGACCCAUAAAAGUCUAUGACAAACUGGCUGGUCUGACCUACGAAUUAGAUUUGGAAACAGCACGUGCCAAUUAUCCAAACAGACUAGAGAGGUUAGAAGAAGAACGUCUUAUGGACAUGCCUUUCGAUGUUAGUGAACCUCAAGUUGAAGGACACGACGGCUUUGCCAGAUUCUACUGGAAACAUGACGAACAAUUGCAUCCUUUGAGAAGGAAAAAAGGAAAAGGUGAAGACGCACAUGCUCCCAUGGAAAGAACAAGAUAUGCAUAUGAAAAGUAUCGUGAAGUUAGAAGUCAAAUUACAUCUGGUCGAACCUUUACAGUAAACUUUGACGAAGGAAAGAACAAAGAAGGCUUCAUGGGAGUACUUGCUGCCAUACAAGACGGAAAUAAGAAAGGACACAAUCUCAGAUUGA